AACAGCCAGCACAACGCCGCCUCGCAGUGGACCACCAAAAGUCUUCCCUUCGCCAAGCCGCGAAGACAUUUUUUCCCCGGACAGCAGCGCGCAGACAACAGCCCAGUACUCUUCCCUGAGGUUUGGAAGUUUUGUUUUUUCUCCAUAUUCCAACCACUCUUCCGACUGGGCUGUAAGGCCAGGGCAUACCUCCGGCCCACCGGUCCAUCACGGUGACGUCAUUUCGUCAACGCCCCCUGGUGACGUAAUGCCUUCCACCAUUGAUGAUAUUUUCACCGAAGAUUUUUUUAUUGUGGACGAUAUAUCUCAGCCAUUUUCCAAAGACUUGGACAGUAAUAAUACUUUCACACAGUAUCAGGACAUUUAUAUUGAUUCUAGUCACCCUCAGUAUAUUAUUAAUUGUCAAGAUCAGCCUCCCAUUACUUUGGCCCCACCCCCUAUGGUUCAAGCCCCGCCCACCUCUCAGCCUAUUACACGUCCUACCCCCACGACACCUGAUUUUGAAACUGACUUAGAAAAAUAUAGUUCUGCCUGGAUGGACGAGUGGUACAGGAGAGUUUUGAUUGAACUGGAGCUGGAGGGGAAAUUUCUUGCUGCUCAGAACAAUCCUCUCCUCGUACAGACUAAUGGGGUGGAGUCUACCCUCCUCCUGACCUCCCACCACCCACCCUUAGGGUCAAUCGCUGACCAUAAGGAGGUCGUCUGGAAUCCGCCUCUUGGGGGAUGGGCUGGUACUAGCAGCUGUGUUGCGGAGGUAGCACAGCUGCGACCCACUCAGCCGAAACGACCAGCUAGACUUCCUCCACCUGUGCGCAGUCCAAGUGCUAGUCCAACUCGUAGACGGAGUCGUAGUCCGAGUCCUAGUCCAAGUCCUUGUUCAAGUCAUUCUCUUAAUGGUAGUCCAAGUCCCGGUCCCAGUUACGUACCUUCGUGUAGUCUUGAUCGUAGUCCUUGUCCUAAUUCCCCUCGUGGUCUUAGUCCUCACAGUAACCCUAGUCCUUGCCCAAAUUCUUGUCCGAGCCCCAGUGUCACUGUAAGUCCUAGUCUUUGUCCAAGUCCUUGCCCGAGCACCAGUAUGAUUGUAAGUCCCAGUCCUUGCCCUAGGUUGACCUCAAGUCCUAGUUCCUGCCCAAUCCCUGGUUCGACUGUAAGUCCUGGUCCUUGCCCAAGUCCUUAUAAAAGCACUAGUUUGAUUGUAAGUCCUGGUCCUCACACAAGUCCUUGCCCAAGUCCUAGUGUUAGUCUAAAUCCUCAUAGUAGUCCUAGUCCACCUCUCAGCCAGUCUCUUAGUGCUCCUCGGCUGAAGCCGACUCCUGCUCCUCGGCUGAAGCCGACUCCUGCUCCUCGGCUGAAGCCGACUCCUGCUCCUCGGCUGAAGCCGACUCCUGCUCCUCGGCUGAAGCCGACUCCUGCUCCUCGGCUGGAGCCGACUCCUGCUCCGCGGCCGGCCUCUGCACCUGAUCCGCUGCCGGCCUCUGCACCUGAUCCGCUGCCGGCCUCUGCACCUGAUCCGCUGCCGGCCUCUGCACCUGACACCAUAUAG